AUGCUGACGCCUCCUCCUUGCCGCUGCCUGGCUGCAGCCCCUUCCGUUGCAGAGCUGGUUCAGCACCACGAGCCGCUGGCUGGCCUGCCACCGCUGCCUGGCAACAGCACAUGGGUGCUGGCACGGCCGCGCCGGCACAUGCGGCGGCGCCAGGUGCAGCGGCAGCUGCCCUGCGAGCAGCAGGCGGCGGCGGCUGGAGAGGAGGCCGCGCUGCCGCUGCCACCGCAGCAGCCGCAGCAGCACGUGGCGGCCGUUCCGGCGCCGCAGCGCGCGUCUGCCUCUGGAGGCAGCGUUGCGCUGGAGCCUGUGAUGCAGCAGGGCUACCAGCACCUGCAGGUGGCGGCGCACCAGCUGCAGGCGGCAGCACAGCAGGGCAGCCAGCAGCUGCGAGCGGCGGGCCACCGGCUGCAGGACUCUGCACAGCAGGGCGGCCAGCAGCUGCGAGCGGCGGCGCUGCACCUGCAGGAAACGGCGGCACAGCUGCAGCAGGAGCUGGAUGUGGGGCAGGUGCAGGCAGCGGCGGCGGGUGUGGCCGGCGAUGUGGCACACGCGCUGCAGCAGGCGCAGCAGGCUGUGCAGGGCGGCGGCGCGCAGGCAGCAGCUCUGGCGCGGCAGCAGGUGGCCGCCCUGCAGCAGCUGACGGCAGGGCAGGCAGCAUCCCUCCAGCAGCUCACGGCAGGGCAGCUGGCCAACCUGCGCCAAGCAGCGCUGUGGGCCCAGCAUCACGUGGCGGAGGCCGCGGCCAGCGCCCGCCCGCGGGUCAGCGCGCCUGUGGCGGGGCAGCGUGCUGCCUCUCAGCAGCCCGCCACGGCGCCCCCGCAGCAGCAGAGCUCCCCAGCUGCCGCCCUCAAGGCUGCGGGCGAGCAGCAAGCAGCGGUCGUGGCGGCGGUGCGCGAGCAAGCUGCGGCUGUGCAGCAGCAGGCACGUCAGGCGCUGCACGUCCUGUCGCGCCUGUCGGCUGAGCAGGCGUCCAGCCUGCGGCAGGCGGCCACACAGCUGCAGAAGCAGCUGCAGGAGCAGCUGCCUGGCAACCGGCAGGUUGUGGCGGGCACGCAGCAGCGGCAGGCAGCGGCGCCGGUGGCUGGGCUGCGGCAGCAGCAGCAGGCCCGCAAGGUGCGGCAAGCGGUUGCGCCUCCCAGCGAGCCCUCCGCCUCGGCACGUGCAGCAGCGGCAGCAGCCCCCAGCAUGCUGGUGCAAUGGGCCUGGGCGCUGGGGCUGGCGGCGGCGGCUCUGGCGGUGGCGGUGCUGCGGUGGAUGCGCGCGCGGCGCAGGGUGGCCCGCAACGCCCGGCUGGCAAUCAGGGAGGCGGAGCAGCAGGCCCGCGCCGCCCACGUGUACGGCCGCACCCGCCAGCGCUUCCACCGGGCCCUGGCGGCGGCCGAGGACCUGGAAGGCGCAGACAGCAGCGUGUUUGCCGCGGUGGGGCGCAAGGGCCAGCAGGUGGCCGGGGCGGCCGACGGCAGCGGCGACGGCGGCAACCCGUUCCUGCGGGGCGGGCCGCCCGGCGGCGAUGGCGGCGCCUCGUCAGCGCUGGCUGACGAGGACGAGGAUGGCGGCAGCACCGACGUCUUUGACCCUGCCAGCUGGGACACCGACACGCGCAAGCAGUGGGAGGCGUUUGUGUCAAACAGCAAGGUCAGCAAGGGCAAGCUGUGGGACAGCAGCGCCGUGGACGAGGGGCUGCCUCAGCCCCUUGGAUCGCCCCAGGCGGGGGCCAGCAUGUCCACGGAGCAGUCUGAGGAGGUGGCGGAGGCGGUGCUGCGCGAGGGGCUGCCCCACGAUCCCGACAGCAUCGCCAACAAGGCGCUGAAGGAGGCGGCGCGGGAGCUGGAGCGCCUGGAGGCGGCGCAGACGCAGGACCACACCAUCCCCAAGGGAGGCCUGGCAGCGGCGGCGCAGUCUGCCGCCGCCCACCGCCUGCACCCCGAGGAGAGCGAGGUGGCGGCCCUGGUGCACCGCCGGGUGGCUGCGGAGAUGGGCGGCUCGGAGGCGGAGCAGCUGGCGGAGGCGAUCCUGCAUGCGGCGGAGGCCAAGGCGGCGCGGCAGCCGCUGGACAAGAGGCCGCACACUGUUGAGGAGGUGCUGGCGGCGGGAGCCAGCGAGCUGGAGCACCUUGAGUCUGUGGAGGGGCGGCCCCACGAGAAGCACGGCCUGGCCGCUCGCACCCAGUCUGUGGCGGACCGCGCGGCGCGUGGGCAGCACCCUGCGGUGGAGGACAAGGCAAUGUCUCAGAGCGGCUUCAAGAAAGAAGACCUCGUAGAAACCAUCCUUCAGCACGGGGAGCCCCACUGGGGUAGGCACUGCAACUCUCCAGAGGCGGUGGCCAACAAGGCCAUCAAGAAGGCGGCCUCCAAGCUGGAGCAGGACGAGAUGGUGGCCUCCCCCACGCACACGAUGAGGAAGCAGGAGGAGGGUGGGCUGGCCUCCAUGGUGCAGCGCGCCGCCGCUGCAUGGAAAUGUGUCUCCCUCCCUUACUCCAAACCAUCCCAUUCAUUCUUAUUUCGUUUGAAAACCAUCUCCCGGGGCAUCGCAGAUUUGACAGCAGCGCAGGGCGGAGCAUCGCCGCCCAUGGAGCUGAUGCACAUGCCCCGGGAGCCGCUGCCCAUGACGCUGCCGCUGCUGCCGACGGCGGCGGGGCCGGGCGCGUGCGGCAAGCCCGCGCCGCUCAAAGCCAACUCUCUCUCGCGGCUGGAGGAGCUGCAGCAGUACCUGCGGCAGUGCGACGACCAGAAGUACCUCAACAACUAUAUCAAGGUGCUCAGCUCCAUGCCUCGGGACCUGCUGGAUGACCUGACCCGCCAGGUCAAAGCUCGGUCAGCCUGGCUGUCGUCUGAGGAGCAGCGCGAGUACAAGCGAGCCAAGGUGCUCAACGUGAUGGGCGCGCCCUGCUGCGGCGACGAGCGCGAUGCCGACGGCAGCGGCGGCUGCGCGCUGGCCGCCGCGGACGCCGACGCCUUUUGCAGCCAGGUGCUGGAGGGCAGCGGCGGCAGCGGCGCGGCGGAGGAGGGCGCGGCGGCGUUUGCAGAUGCGCUCACUGCAAGCGACCCGCAGCUGGAGCUUCUGGAUGCGAGGGUGAAGGUGGAGGAGCAGCCAGGUGGUGCCACCCCGGCAGGCGCGGCCAAGACGCAGCUAUGCGCGCUGGCGCCAGCCCUGGCGUGCGAGGGCACGCAGCAGGGUGUCGGCAGCGGGCAGGCGGCUGCUGCUGCGGCCGCUGCGGCCGAGGUGACAGGGCACCCUGGCGACGCCUCUCCCGCUGAGCUGGUGCCCGUCAGCGGCGUGGUGUGCGACCACCAGAUCAGCCGCAUCUCGCCCGAUGGGCAGCCCGCGCUGGCGGCGGCGGCCGCGGGGCAGGCCCGGACCAGCGGCGGCGCGGGCGGCAGGGGGUUUGCACGUUGGCAGCGAGGCGGAGCCCGUGAUGCUCAGGGACGACUUCACUCGUGUGUUGCACUUCCUCAACAAGCCCACAAGGUGGCCGUAGUCCAGGUAGGGUGCGCAGGAAGCUCCGGCGACGGUAACCAGGCUCGUACCAGUCUUGCUGCCGACGUCGGGGUGGCACUGCGCGGGGUGCCGGAUUUUACAACGUGCAAGCGCCCCGUUCCGCCUGCCGAGCUUGCUCUCAGGAGCUUCCCUGGCCGCCAGGGCGGCACGACUCUGGAUUGGGUCCCGGCCGGACAGUCUGAGGCUGCCGCCACGCCCGUCAACCCCAACUGCGCCGCCGACAACCUCCCCACACCGUCGUAUGCCCCCGUCAGCCUGCUGACCAGCAACACAUUCACCCUCGCAUGGACAGGCCUGCACGGCGUUGCCAAGGUUGGCUCCGCCUCGGCCUGCCCCCCUGAUGCGCCCUACACCGAAGUGGUGGCCCCCGUGAACGGCGGCUCCUGGACCUUCACCUGUGACGCCGCCAACUACGGAGAGCAUUUCGUAGUAGGCCAGCGUGCCUUGGGACUGCUGGUGCUCCUCGCGGCCGCCGCUGCGGUUCAAGGCCAGGUGGCUGGCGGAGCCAUUUCCUGGACCACGGGGGUGGAGUAUGAGCCAGUCUCGCUGCAAGACCAAGAGACGCUCACCCUGAGCUGGUCUGGUGACGGGCACGACAUUGUGGAGGUGGAGGGUCCCGGUUGCCCAGAGCCUGGCAACCCAUCCACCGUGAUCGUGCCGCCCAGCGUCGCACUAUUUCAUCUGUUCUGUGAGCUGCACAUGCAUCCAGCUGCCUCCACAGCGGGACUGCCUUGCGCCCGGCAGGGCCCAUGCCGCGCACUGUCACUGGCGGUCUGCAGCUCUGUGGCCCCGGGCCACCUUCAAUGCUGGCUGCCCGUGGCGGCCCAGAUUAACUUUGUUCAGUUUGCCAUGCAGGUCACAUGCAACGCCGAGCCUGACGGCACCGAGGGGUCAUGA